AUGAUUUUUGUAGUACAAAAUGUGGAGAGGUGUGUGGUGACAAUGGCAUCUGGAGAGGCAGUGAGUGAAAUAGAAGACGGGUUUGUGGUUUAUGUUGGGCUAGAAGUGAAGGAUGUGUCAGAAUCAGAGGAGAAUAACAUUAAUAAGGCAGCUGAAUUCAUAAUGGAGAAGACUGGUAAGAAAAAUGUGAUGCUUCUGAGUCAAUUUACGUUGAUGGCCAAGUUCAAGAGGCACAAGAAACCGUCAUUUCACAGUGCAGCAGGCAAAGAGAUCUCAAAUCCAUUCUUCUACGGCCUGAAGAAAAGACUGAACGAAUUCAAAAAGACAGAAAGUGGCGUAUUCAGGGAGCACCUCAAAAUCAGGUGCAUUUCAACCAGUCUCAAAACAGCCGCCUAUAAUUUAUAG